AGUCGAGCUGACACACCUGGCUGGCAGAUGAGGAGAGACUAGACCAGAGCUCAGAAGUGGGUGGGGCCUGGUAGGUGAAUCACGUUUCCUGGGGGAAGGCAAAGGUGGAGUCUGGCCUUUUGUUCUGGGACCCUGGGAGCCGGUCAAACAGGAAGAGCUGAUUUCAGAUUGCAGGCUGUCUGCAGGAGGCGGCGGCGGAAAGGCUGCUGCCGCCGCCGGGGAACAGGCACGGCCUGGGGAGAGCACAAACUCGCAACGUGCUAAGACUGUCCGCUCCAGCAAACGGCAGGGGCGAGGACUCAAUGGCCUGAUCCUGAACUGCCAGGAUGUGCCGGCUGGAUAAUCUGGAUUCCAGCGGCAUACAGAAGCUCUUGAUGAAAACAGGACUCAUCCUGAUAGUCAUUGGCCACCUGAACUUCAUUGCCAGUGCUCUGGUUCAUGGAACGGUACUGCGCCACAUCGCCAACCCUCAGGAUGCCAUUUCACUGCAGUAUGCCAUCUCCAAUGUCAUUUCAGUUAUCUCGGCCAUCUUGACAAUCUCUUGUGGAAUAGCUGCCAUUGUGCUCUCCAGGUACAUAUCCCAGAAACCUCUGGGAUGGGUGGUCUUCUCCCUCAGCAUCAGCAGUGGCUUCCUCUCCUUGUUCUGCGCGGUGGGGCUGGCUGUCUCCAUUGUCUUCACUUUUGUCAACAACGGACGUGCCUUGCUGGCCUUGUGCACUUUUGCCGAUGUGGAAUUCAUCCAGAUUGUGCACGAGUGUCCCUUUGACCCCACCAGGGUCUACAGUUCCACGCUGUGUCUUUGGGGUCUUUCGUUCCUCCUGGAAUUUGUCGAGAUCAUCUUCAGCAUCCGAUGCUUCCUGAUCUUGCUUCACCUCCUGAACCUGAGACCAUGUCGCAGGAGAACUCGCAAGAAAAAUGUCACGCUGAAGUUCGUCACAGCUGAGAGCCGAGAAGUCUGCGAGGGCAGCGAUCUCCUGAGCCGAGAUCGAGUAGAGACUGUGUGGCUCUAGCUGCAGCAACCAGACACUGACAACACCAAGUGGACUUUUCUGUGUCACUUCCUGGCUUGACUGCUCUUGCCAUUCCAAACCUGGCAGAGAAGACAGCCUGCUUUAUCUGAAGUGUGGAAUACAGCUGCCUGACUGGGUUAGAGGCCUAUGUUCCCAGAUACCCCAGCCCUUUCCUGCUAUGAUUAGUACAUUGAGGCCAGUGCUGAGAUUAUCUGUUCCAAGCUACUCUUUUUCAAGAACAAAGAAACCAACUGUGCCGAUGUUGGCACUCACAACUUUGUGAACAUCUGAAAUGACUGUGCAGGCCAUUCCGCUGAGAACAAAACCCCCACACCUUUAUUUUGAAGGUCGGAAAAAGAAACAAGCCCUGCAAUUCCUCCUAGUUUGCAGUCUUGGGAUGGGUGGAUUAAACAGCUGCUGUGCCUUUCUCCAGAUCGCUGGGCUGAGGAUGCCGUUGAUGCUUUCAGAGAUAGAAAAGUUCCCACCAGGUGAUUCUGGGCUGGCUUUCAUGGAGGUGUGUGUGUUGGAAUGUCUCACAAUGCACAUCUGCAAGCUUCAAGCAGUAGCUGAAUCAAUUAACUGGAGGGCGCUGAUUUUAAUGGAUGGGGCUUUUGUUUGUUUCUGUAAUAGGGAAUGGGAAAGGAAAGAGCAAAGCCAAUUUUUCAUUUUGAAAA